AUGCACACUCGAAGUUCAGGUACAGAAAAUUUGAUUCCACUUGAUCCUGAAAUUGAAGCUACAGCAAGAAAGCAAUCCGGUGAACAAAGAAGAAACAAAAACAAGGAAACUAUGGGCGAAGAAGUACCAGCGAAAUCUUUGAGGGAGUAUGGUAUGCCAGACACUACAGGCGUCAUGUCCUCUAUUCUCAGACCAGCUGUCACAGCUACUCACUUCGAGCUCAAGCCUCAGUUCAUUCAAUUCAUCUCUAAUGAUUCUUUUGCGGGCUUGGCUUCUGAAAAUCCAGUUGAUCAUCUCGAGAGUUUUCUUCAAAAGUGUGAUAUGAUAAAGCUGACCAAUGUCCCAGAUGAUGCUAUCAAGCUGCGUCUGUUUCCAUUUUCUCUUCGGGAUGCAGCUAAGGAUUGGUUGAAAGAUGAAGGGCCAAACAAAUUUACUACUUGGGAUGCUUUAGCAAAGGCCUUUCUACUUAAAUUCUUUAGCCAAAAGAAGACUGCCAAACUAAGGAAUGACAUAUCUAAUUUUCAUCAAGAUGAUGAUGAAUCUCUUCAUGAUGCUUGGAAAAGAUUCAAACGCCUUCAAAGGCAAUGUCCUCACCAUGGAAUUCCUGAUUGGUUGCUGAUCCAAACAUUCUAUAAUGGGUUGACACAAGAGUUUCGAAUCUUUAUCGAUGCUGCAUCUGGCGGAUCGGUUAUGGCGAAAAGUACCGAGGAAGCAAGAACUCUUUUGGAUGAGAUGGCAUCUAAUGAUAACUAUCCGUACAGUGAUCGAAAUCAAUCUAAGAAGGGUGGUAAGUAUGAGGUUGAUUCUAUAACCAUGCUCAAUACUACUAUGCAAGCAGUUGUUAAGAAGAUUGAGCAAUUAGAUGCCAAAAUUGCACCUACCGUUGCUUCGUGUGAAAUUUGUGGGGUACAAGGGCACAAUCAACAUGCUUGUCAAAACAAUUUACCUGAUGCAGCUAUGGAGCAAGCAAAUGCCCUUUAUAAUCAAAAUCAAAGGCAACAGUAUAAUCCUUAUUCCAACACGUACAACCCAGGUUGGAGGGACCAUCCAAAUUUCUCUUACAAGAACAAUCAGGCGAACCCUCCACAGAAUAACUUUUCUCAUCCACCAGGUUUUCAACAGGGAUCAUCUCAGAAUGCAACAGCUCAACCACCGAAAUCUAAUUUGGAAUCUCUCUUAGAGGGAUUUAUGGUUUCACAGACACAGAUCAAUCGGGAUAUGCAAGCUCAAAACAGAAUGCUAGAAACUUCAGUAGCUCAAAUGGAUCUACAAUUGAAUCAACUUACAAAGUCCCAAGGCCAACUUCCUGGCCAAACUGAACAACCACCAAAAGGUCAUAUCAAUGCUGUGACUUUAAGGAGUGGCAAGGAAUUGCAAGAGCCAGAGUUAAGCGUGAACAAAAGCAUUGUGGAUGCUCAAGAAGAUGGUGAGGGAAGUAUGUCUGAAAUUGUCACAGAGAAAAAGGCAUUGGAAGAAGAAAAGAAAGAACCUGUUGUUCCUAUUGCGCCAUAUGUGCCACCAGUUCUUUUCCCACAAAGGUUGGCAAAAGCUAAGCUAAAGAAGAAGUACGGUAAAUUUCUUGACAUACUACAGAAGUUGCAUAUUAACAUUCCAUUCAUGGAUGCUAUAGUUGAGAUGCCUUGUUAUGCAAAGUUCCUUAAAGAUAUUUUGUCAAGAAAGAGAAAAAUUGAAGAGACUUCUACUAUUUCAUUGACGGCAGAGUGUAGUGCUAUCUUGCAAAAUACUUUUCCGAAGAAGCUAGUGUAG